CUACCAGCCUUGAGAAAGCUUCUUCGUAUAGCUUGAUCUUCGCCCGCCCAAUUACUCCACAAAGCCACACCUCGUAGACUUGGAUGCAAGUCUAUCACCACAAGCCAAUCAUGGCGAAUGGCUACAACUACCCGAACCGCUCCAGGACAACCACAGCAGCAACAGCAACAAGAACAAUCCCCACCAUGGUAUGUUGAAAAUGGCCGCUACUAUGGGACAUACCAUCAUGGGCGGUAUCUGAUGCCCGUAGACGAGGAUGAGCUAGACAGAUUGGACAUUUUCCACAAAUUCUACACCGUCGCCCGCAAAGAAGACGCUUUUGGUGGUCUGCACGAGGCCGUCAUUAGCACUAAUAAUCCACGUGUCCUCGACUUAGGCUGUGGUACAGGCAUAUGGGCUAUCGACAUGGCCGACCGAUAUCGAUAUGGCAAAUUUAUCGGCCUUGAUUUGAACUUUACACAGCCAGAGAGUAUCCCGGCCACGCUUGAAUUCAAACGUCAGGACAUUGAGGAAUCGAACUGGGAGUUGGAGGAGAACUCGUUUGAUCUGGUGCACCUGCAGAUGCUCGCUGGCAGCAUUCAAAACUGGCCAGCUCUGUAUCAAAAUGCUUUUCGGCAUCUGAAGCCUGGUGUCGGCCAAAUCGAACACGUUGAAAUGGACUUUCAACCUUUGAGUGGCGACAAUAGCCUGCCCGCAGAUUCAAGGCUUCGGAUGUGGUACAACGAACUGCGUGCAGCUUACGAGCAAGCUCGGAGACCCAUUGCUUUGGAGCCUUCACCAGAGGUAUGGCUCAAGCAGGCCGGCUUUGUGGACAUUAAACGAAACAUCAAAGAGAUUCCUUUCCAUCCCUGGCCGACGUCUGAGUAUCAGAAGGAGGUUGGCAGAUGGUUCAACCUUGGGAUGGUCCAUGGGAUAGAGGCGAUAUCAAUGGCUGCAAUGACCCGAUACAGAGGCUAUACCAAGGAGCAAGUGAAGUCGCUUAUGCAAGAGGUCAAGAGAGAGAUUUGCACUCGAGCAUUCAGAUCACAUUGCACGAUGUUAGUAAAAUCAACGACUAUGCCUCCACCCAUAUGUUCUCACUCGAUUGCUAACCUCGUCAAGGUAUAUCUACACGGCAAGACGACCUGCGCCAAGCUUUUGAUUGUUCUGACAGGGAGGGAGGCCCUACCGCGCUGCAUUCAGCCAGCCUACCCCGGGCGCCAACACCCCAGAAUUUCGCGCAUGCACUUUUCUGGAAAGGAAGGCGGCUAUGACAGACUGCUUGCACUUACUUGCGGGUUUAUCGCGGCCCUUUGUUCUAUUUCGGAUUUAGUUGUGACGUGGAGCGGCAAAGUUUCCCGCUCGCCUUGAGCAAUGCACGAAAUUGCGGGAGUUUCCUUCUUGCUGCCAGCCAUUGGCGGGACCGCAUUCCGCCACGGCAGCUCACGUCACUUAGGUUAUCGCCAUUUCUUGGGGGCCAUUAACCCUCCACAGCCCGUU